AUGGGAGAGUUUGACUUCCUUAACCAUGGGAUGCUGUUGCAGGAAGGAGGCUGCACCUUCCUUCUGAUUGCUGCAGUUCUGUGCCUCUCUUUCCCCAGGCUUUCUAUCGAAGCAUUAGAUUCUGUGCUUUUCAAGGGUGUGAAUGAGAGACUGGUGAGAGCACUCAGGAAGCAGAGAACUUGGAUUCUUCUUGAAAACCCCAAGACUCACCAUGAGGGGGUGUGUCUGCUGGUGAGUCUUCUGCUAAGAUCGGGACUAAUAACACCUGAGAUCAUACAGAGCCUCCUUCCCUGGGUGAAUUCCCCAACAGAAAACCACCGAGUCACCAGCACAGCUUUCCUUGCCCGGGUGAAAAAGCACAAGAAGUUUCUUCUGGACAUACUGAUCAGGGCCUUAAAUGACACUUUCAGUUCUGAAGUCAUUGGUGAGAGCAUGAAGGCACUGGCCAAAGUCCUGAAGGAGCUGACGGAGAAGGACAUAGCUUCUUCCUUCAGAGACCUCACCCCACAGAUCUGGACUUGCUUUGACAAUGAAUGCAGAGCUACGUUUCACCUCUGUGCCCCGUUUUUGGGACUGAAGAGGCUCCAAGCUGCAGUUAAUGAGCACCUUGGUGGCACAGCCGAGCUGAAGCCUGAAGGGCUCCAGGUGGACAUUUGCAGACACCUCGUGAGUGAGCUGUAGAACUGUAUGCGAUAUUGACUGCAGUGGCUUGUUGUGGUGUAGAGGUGUGGGGGGAUGUGUGAUCGGUAAUGUAAGUAACGUAAGAGUAGGAUAUAUGACUGAGGGUGAUGGGAAAUGUAAAUCUGCCACAGAUUCCCACUUUUCCCACUUCUAUCCAGCCACCCGUUCUUUUUCUUAUUUACCUGUGGUUCGUAAAAGCAUGUGUUGGCCGUCAAAGCACACUUCUAGCUGGAGAGAGCUCAUGUGUCCCUGAUUUCCUCUGAGCCAAAGAGAAUGCAGAGCUGCUGGAGAACUUAUACAAAACCACCAUCACGUACUUCUAUAGCAGCUGGGAAGAGAUCCGGGCAGUUGUAGCCAAGUUAGCUGGUGAGAGAUGAUGCCCAGUGUCCCUUUUGGUAUUCCUAUUGAAGGAGACAGAAAAAAUCCCACUGUGCAUCACUGAGCUGCCAUUAAUCUCUCUGUGCCUCAGCUUCUCACGCAUAAAUGGAGAUAUUAAUAUCCCUACCUCUCCAGCGUGGUGGUAGGAGGAAUUCAUUGGUUGCUAUAAAGUGCUUCGGGAUUGUUGCAGGGAAAGCAUGGUGCAAUCA